AUGUCCCAAAAACAGCAGGAUUCUUGUGACACAAGCUGUUCAUCCGGAACAUCUACUGAACAGAUCGCACUUCCUCCGAAAAGGAGGAAUAGAACAAGUUCGUACUUCAAGGAAGCAUUUAGUCCUGCAGUUAAUGCUUCUACCAAUUCCUUCAGUGUAUACUUUGAUGACUCAAAACUGGCAUACCAUUCGAACAGCGAUAGCAGUAAUGGAGACAACACAAUAGAAAGUAUUAGCAUCGAGAGGGAGAACGAUUUACAGAAGCCACAGAUGUCAAAGGAGAAUCUGAAAUUGAGUGCGCCUGAACCUAAGACAAAUAAUCGCAGUAUAGUCUUAAGGAAAAGCUCCGAAGUUUUGCAAGAAUCGAAUCCUUCAUCAUCGUCAUCUUCACAUAUUUCCACACCAAUUGUCGCGAGUAGCUCAACAUUUAUCAGUGAAUCAGAAUCAUCAUCGAGAAACUCAUGUAUGUUACGAAACACAAGUGUAGAGACGGUGAAUACGAACGCCCUGAUACAGUCACGACCAACAUCGACACCAUUCGGCCAACACGAACCAAAUACCACAAAUUCAAAUUCAACGCAUGUUCCAACUACUAACGCGAUAUCAGAAAGGACUAGGAAUGUAAGUGGUGCAGGAUUGGAUGAAAACUCUCAAAGGGUCAGUAGUUUAACCGGAGGGGAAAGCCAAAGGACAGUUUCCACAUACUUAAUAAGAUCUUCUGAUAUAAUUCAGCGAAAUACGUCAGAUAGCAACUCUGUCAAUAGGCCGAUAUCACUAUCAUCAAACUUACUACCUGAAGCUCCCACGAACGAUCCACAAAUCAUCAACAGCCAAAAUGUAAUUGAAGAAGAAAACGAUGAAACCAGUUAUGCAUCUCAUAGUCUGAUAAAUACAGCUAUUGAAGAAGCUGCCGAACUUUUCAAACGGGAGGCGACAACUCCACAACCAGUUCAACUGAUACAGUCACCACUUUCAAGAAUAAUACCACCACAGCGGUCACAAGCAUCUCUUCGAAGUAAUCAAAGUAGUCGGUAUUCGGAGCUUUCACAAACGCGAAGAAUGACGCGCGGCAUACAACACCCAUCAUUAUUAGCCAAUAUACUCAUACCAGCAAAUAAAAGUCCCCAAAAGGCUUCUAAGGACACGUUAAGGAAGAACAACUUACUGAACCACGAAUCAAGUACUGCUCCCGUUAUACCGGCUCUGCGAAAAAUUUCUGGUAGCUCAAGGAUUCAAAAGCAUGUUUCCAGCGAUGAAAAGGAACAACAACAUGCUAAAGAAAUUCCUAAGCAAAGCCUCCAGAGUCCAGAAGAAAUUCAAAAACCAGUCAGAUUACCCCUUCGUAUAUCACAAGACACCAUGGAACAUAUAUAUGAGUACAGGGCCCUAUUGCAUGAAUUCGAUCAUGAGAAACAUUUGGUAGCAGUUCAGCAUGUAGAUUCUGCGUCAGUUUCAUCACAUGACUCAAAUAUUGGUAAGUUCAUGGAUGUCUUUAGUAUUAGCAGGAUCGUAAUGGUCCUAAUGAUAUGCAUCGUGGCCCCUCCCCUUUACUUCAUGCUCGGCGCUGGGCCCAAAGGAGGUAUUACGGAUAAGAGAUUAAUGAAUUUGAUAAUGACGAAAGAGUUUAGAGUGGGUUUGUUUGCUGGGUUCGUAUGGGACGUAGACGUGUCAUGGUUCAGACAUCUCUGUCUCAUUUUGGGGUGCUUUGAGAUACUGGCAAUAUGUGCGUGCAUUGGUGUGGGCUUCGGUGUAGGGAUUUCUAGGGAAUAA